AACAUUAUCGCCUCUCAUCUACCGCCAUGUCGAACACUCUCCCUGAGCUCCCGUACGCUUACGAUGCCCUCGAGCCCUACAUCUCGACGCAGAUCAUGACUCUCCAUCACACCAAGCACCAUCAGACUUAUGUCAAUGCUUUGAACGCUGCUGAGACUGCCUACGCCAAGGCGGCAAGCCCGAAGGAACGCAUCGCUCUCCAGGCAGCCCUCAAGUUCAACGGCGGAGGCCACAUCAACCACUCGCUCUUCUGGAAGAACCUCGCCCCAUCGGCGGAGAAGGGCGGCCCCGGAGGCGCUCUUAAAGACGGUCCCCUCAAGGAGGCCAUCAUUGCUCAAUUUGGCAGCCUCGACAACCUGCAAAAGGAGUUCAACGCCGCGACUCUCGGUAUCCAGGGCUCUGGCUGGGGCUGGCUCGGUCUCAACCCUGCUACCAAACGCCUCGAGAUCGCCACCACCGCAAACCAGGACCCUCUGCUCACUCUUGUCCCCCUGAUUGGUGUUGACAUCUGGGAGCACGCUUUCUACCUCCAGUACCUCAACGUCAAGCCUGAUUACCUCAAGGCAAUCUGGAAUGUCAUCAACUACGAAGAGGCUGAGAAGCGCUUCAUUGAGUCCUCCAAGCUUUAAGUUUUCGGGCUUAGCAAGAUCUUGUAAUCCACCCAGUCCAAUACGUCAUUCAGAAUAUCGAAAGCAAAUCAAAUAACCCAAUGGCUUGGAGUGCAAAGAAACGCGGAUGCAGGUUGUAUACGAACGAGAUGUAAAUUGAAACUGAAUGUGAAAUUAUGGCGAACGAGGUUUCAGCGG